CACGGCGAAAAAAGUCAUACACAUUUUUUUCCAUCGCGCAAGCCGGAGCUCUAUAGGGACCAAAUCGCCUUGGAUCACCCUAUCUACCGUCGCACUCCGGCGUUUAAUUUAUCAACCAGAGACUUUGAUGGAAUAUGCACCUGCGUCAAUAAUUGUUUUGACUUUCUAGUCUUGCGCAGACCCCGGACGGCAUCGGACGCGACGAAGCUCAUCACGCGAGACGCCAUCCUCAAGUCGACCAUAUUCUUCAACCAGACCAGAUUUUAUCAUCACUAUUUAAAUCAUGGUCACGUUUUCUCUUCCCGGCGAUGCUGAUUCGUCCUCAGCUGCGACAGCCACCCCUCGAGCUCGCGCUCCAUUGCCGUUCGCCAACCGCGCGUAUGCUGCCUCCCCUUACGGAGCGAGGCCAUCGAGACACGCUGGCACACCGACGGCAUCAUCAUCGCGCAAGACAUUGACGACACGCGAUGAUGUACCGGCCAGUAGCAUCAAUAAAUCAUCAAUGUCUGCUGCCCGCAAUAUUUUCCGGGCCUCUACCUUACCCGACAGCCCACCAUCCAACAACAUGCCGUUUUCGCCGGCUCUCCCACAAAGCACUAUGAAGCGAGUCUUCGCGCCGGGAGCGACUCCAGAACCGUCACGCGUUUUUCGAGCCUCUACUGCACAGGCGACACCCCGCGGCAUGGCUGCCAAGUCGAUAGAAAAGGACCUGUUCCCAAUGAGAAUCGCAUCACCGCCGCGCGAGCUCACUGGAGAGCUGCUGGCUCAGAAGGUGCCAAAGGAAUGGAACUCGAAAGGCUCGAUAUAUGCAGACCAGUUCUUAUCCCAUCUCUGCCCGCCUGAACUCGAUGAGGAACAGCGCCGACAAUUCUUCUGCAUUCUUGAUCUCCGCAGGUUGAAAUAUGCCGCCAACGAAAUCUUUGCAAAGAAAGACUGGAAACUUAAUGUCAUCAACUUUGCUAAGGAAUUCGAGAAGAGCCGAAGCAUCAUUUUACUUCGGUAUGGUCUUUACGAAUUCCAGAAUGUUAAGCCCUCUAAAGAGGUACUGAAGCGUUGGCGUCGCGAACAUGGCCUUCCUGAACCGGAGGAAGAGUCUGAGACACCAACACCCACAAAGCCAACUGCUUCAAAGAAGCGAAAGGCAGAUGGCGAGCUGCCGAAGGAAGCUGAAUCUGGAGAAGCUUCUGCCGUUGCAAAGCGCCGCGUCACUGAAAAGCCCACCGAGCCCGCCCCAAGCCUGGCUCCGUCUUCUAAUGCGGUUUUGGGCAAGCACAAGAGAGGCCCAUCGAUGGAUGAUGGUGAUGAGCCCACUGGAAAGUCUUCACGACCUGCUCCAUCGGCUGCGAAAUCUCUUUUUGAAAAGAUUGCCAAUAAGACCUCCGAACAGACCAAGGCGUCUGAUUCCGAGACCGCCAAACCUGUUCUAUUCAACGCAAACAAGCCCACAAGCUCGGGUGGUCUUGUGCGCUCCGUUUUUGAUAACCUGAAGUCAGGAGCUUCUAAUACCCCAACACCUAGCACCGAAAAUAUCUUUGGCUAUCUUUCAGACACAAACUCUGCGCGUAAUAGUGGCGUUGAGGCGGAUGCUGAAAGUGACUCUGAGUCUGAGGAAGUAGAGAGCCCUGUUCCUGCAGACACCGCCGCGACACAAGCUCCCUCAGUUGCCAAGCCCGUAUCGUCUCUAUUCGCCCCCAAACCGGCCGCACCUAUUGGUGACGAUGAUUUGUCAACUGCUCCUGGUACACGCGAAAGCACUCCUGGUCGCAGCCUUUUUGAAAGAGUUACCAAGGGAACCGAUGGACAGCCAGUACGCGCAUCCAGUGACGUCGAGGGUCCAGCAGAGAAGGCUGGAACUGAUCGAACAUGGAAUCCUACUACAACACCAUUAAAGUUCGCUCCUACCGCCCCCGCAGCUUCUACAUCUUUGUUUAAGCAACCGGCAGCGACUGCAGCAAAAUCUACACCUGCUUCUAGCUUGUUUGGCGCUGCUACCACCACAACAGACGAGUCGGCAACACCAUCAGCCACCAACGAUUCUGGUAAAGAUGGGGAUGAAUCGGAUAAGGAGAACGAAUCUCAGCCUGCUAGCAAGAGCCUCUUUGGUGCAAAGCCGUCUGCUCCUACAUCUGCGGCCCAGCAACCUCUAGGCUCUCUGUUUCAAAGCAAACCUGCUGAAAAGGAAACACAGCCGGCCGCUACUCCCAGCCUAUUUGGAGGAGCCACACCAACCACAACGUCCAACAUCUUUGGCAAUGGCAAUGCUGCAACAUCAACACCAGCCACCAGUGCCACGUCUCUCUUUGGGAAUGCCGGUUCAUCAACAGCAGCAGCAACUAAACCAACAUCUUUGUUUGGAAAUGCUGCACCAAAAGCUGACCAGCCUACACAGGCUGCUCCAACAUUCUCGUUUGGUCAAGCCUCGACUGCCACGCCAUCUGCACCAGCAACCACCUCAAGCACCCCAGCUUUUACGGGGCUGUUUGGCAAUUCCUCCGCUACAUCAAAACCCGCGCCUGAAACAACCACACCGGCUGUUAGCGAUGCGCCUGCUCCCUCUCCGGCGCCGACCUUCAGUUUUGGUGCAAACACCACUACUUCAGCCAGCAUUACCGCACAGAAGCCCCUUUUCGGUGCUCCUAAGUCUCCUGCAGCCUCAGCACCUACCAAUUUGUUUGCCGGAAGUCCUAUGAAGCAGGAUGAGGCCUCACCAGCGAAGAAGCCCAUGAAUACCGUCACAACAAGUGCAUCACUCUUUAGCUUCGGAAGCAACAAUGCCACACCUUCUGCUGCUCCUGUAUUUGGUGGCGCUACCAGCAAUGGCACCAACAAUGCUGGCAACUCAUUCGGUAGUGCCACUACAAAUGUGAAUCCCGGAAAUUCCUUUGGCUUCAACUUUGGAGCGGGAGGUAGUGGAGGUAGCUUCAACAACCCAUUCGCUUCGGCUAGCGGAGCAAAUGCUGAGAACAAAACGGCCGCCCCCUCAACUGGUUUCUCAUUUACAGCUGGGUCAAACCCGUCACCUGCACCUAGCACCUCCUUCCAAUUCGGCGCCAACACUACACCAGCUGGGGGCUCCAUGUUUGGAGCAAAUACCACCAACAACGGAGCAGCAAACUCUUUUGGAGGCUUCUCGGCUAAUGCUGCGCCGACAUUCAACUUUGGUGCGCAAUCGGCUCAGUCUUCCAUGACAGGCAAUGCCUUCGGGUCGAACACAGCCGCACCCACAUUUGGUAGCAGCUUGCAGCCGCCAGCUGGUGGCUCCUCAACCACCGGGACAAGUAAGUCCUCCUUUCCGAACCGGAAGAUUGCGCCGCUAAAGCGACGGCUGUAGACUCGCCUCUCAACCUUGCCGGAGGAUCUAGCUUGGCAACAACGCCAGCUACCGGCACUCCUGAGCCGUCAGCGAAAACCGACGCUGGUAGUGGCGGAGCCGAUGAAGAAGAUGGAGAGAAGCAUGAGCAAAUCAACCUCACCGAGGGCGAUGAAACGGACGAGGAGACCGUGCAUGAAGUACGUGCGAAGGUUCUCAAGUUUAGUCCUGGUGAUAAGGAGGAUGGGGACGAUAAAGCAAAGUCAAAAAGCCCAUGGGCUACUAUGGGAGUCGGUCCACUCCGUUUACUCAAACACAAAGAGAAGGGAACCGUACGACUGCUGCUACGAGCAGAGCCCAGAGGACACAUUGCUAUCAAUCGAUCUCUACUGCCCAACUUGAACUACAAGUCGGACGAAAAGUAUGUACGAUUAGCAACCUCAAAUGAGAACGGCGACGGCAUGGAGACAUGGAUGAUCCAGGUAAAGACCAAGGAUCUCGCCAAGUCUCUUGCCGAAGCCCUCGAGGAUAAUAAGGCAAGUAACAAAACAGAUUAAAGGGUUAGGCAUUUGAUUAUAAUAUAUUGGCUUCUUUGCAAGUAAAAUUUGGAUACUCUCUCUGUAUAAAUGUGUCAAGUAAUUGAAAUACGGACGCGA